AUGUCGAAUAGCCUCACUUCCUCGAGUCUUGAGAGCUUCCCCGCGCACGUCCAAGGUGCCCUUGACCUCGUGCAGCAUCAAGGAAUCAGUUACGCAGGACCACACGGCAUGGCCAGCCCAGCCGCGUCACAGGAUCCCCCACCAUGGUGGACAGCGUUCCCUGAGCCCAGAGCACUCGUCCACGCCUUGGAGCCAUCUGACGUUGCGCAGCUCGUACAAAGUCUCCCAUCGGGAUUCCCCAGCAGCAGCAAGGGCUUCCUCCUUGUUGACGUGCGGCGUACGGAUUGGCAAGGCGGAACCGUUGCCACGUCAAUCAACCUCCCCGCUCACACGCUGUAUCAAACACGGCCGGCGAUAUACCAGCUGUGCAAGCAAGCGGGCGUGAGAACCAUCAUAUUCUACUGCGGAAGCUCAAAUGGUCGCGGGCCCAGAUGCGCUGGCUGGAUGCAAGACUAUCUCGACGAGGUUGGCGACGCAAGCAUGACAGCGGCCGUCUUGAAAGGCGGCAUCAAGGGCUGGCAGAAGGAAUACAACGGCGAAAUGAUGGACGGGUACGAGAAAAGCUUCUGGGGAGAGCAAAAGGCAUAG